CGUACAUGACAACACCCAUCGGCACAAUCCCGACAACCUCACCGCUCCCCAGCGCCCUCGACGCCGCCGUCCACGCGGUCCUGCAGCUCGAGGACGACCCGUUCUUCAACGCGGGCCAUGGGGCCGUGUUCACGCGCGACGAUCUCAACGAGAUCAAGGCCUCGGUUGUUAGGGAUCAAAGCUCGGCUCCGGACGUCAAGAAUGCGAACGGCGGCGGCAAUGAGCAGACAACGGGGACACCAGCGGAUGCGACGCACCAAGCCGAACACGGGUUCGCUCGCCGAGUCCUUAGGGAAGCCGGCAUUAGCUCCAGCUCCUCAAAUAUCAGGCCGUACGCGUGGCCCUGAAGC